AGGUACUGACAAUCCCUCCCUCCAACUUUGACUUGGAGAGGAUGAUCUCCCUAAAUCCCAUAACUCUUCCUCUGUUAGAACACACAUCUUUUUCCAUUAACUCCAACACACUUUGCUAUCUUUCAUGACAAUGAUUAUUCUUUUGAAGUUAUAUAUACUUUUCUUGUCAAUUAUUCUUCCAAGGCAUUAGGCAUUUUGAUGAAAUUUGGGACAUUUGGGUCGAGAGAGACUUAAUCACCAAUAAACCCCAACAAUGGCAGAACCAAAUACAGUAGAAUUGGCCAAGCAAAGAUGCAAAGCGAUUAUGGACAUAAUCGAAACCCUACCUUCUUCCACCAACAUCUCCGUUUCAUGUACCCAAACUCUCCAAAAAUUAGCUCUUCGCGAGCUCAACUUCCUCUCUCGCUGCUCCUUUUCGUCUUCCACCCCUCUCAGCUUGAAUAUUGGGCACCUUGAAGCUAUUGUUCACAUUCUUCAACACCCUUCCGUCACUGGAAUUUCACGUGUUUGUAAGCCGAUUCCAUCUUCCUCCUCUUCGAAAGCUGUUUAUGUUGAUAUAAUUUGCACUUUGAAUAGGAAUCCUGUGUGGGUUAUUGUUUCCGAUAGAAAACCUAGGUAUAUUUCUUGGUACAAGGGCCAUAGAAGUAAGGGCUUGAAAUCUCGACUUGAGGAAGUGAUUGAUGCUGCUGGCUCUUUGCAAGCCUUAGAACCUUGCUCGAUCAUUUUGUUUUUUUCGCAUGGGCUUGAUCAGUUUAUUCUGGAAAGACUCCGGGAUGAAUUUAAAGCCACUGAGUUUCAUUUCAAUUUCUCGGAUUUUGAUUUUGGUUUCUCUGAGAUUGAUGGUGAUUGGAUUAAUGUGCUUUCAAGAAGCUAUGAAGAAGCUUGUGUUCUUGAAAUAAAAGUUAGUGAUAGGAAUUGUGGGGCUACGAGUUCAAAUUAUAACAGUAAAGUAUGUUCUAGUGGUGUGGAUGAGCCAGAUAUCUUGAACAGCAAUACCGAGAUAGAUCUUGGGGAUUCUUUCUGCUCUGUUGUUAUGGCAAUGAAGCCUAAUCCUAUGAACGGUAUCGAAGAUAUGGAGUCCGCAAAUUUGGAACAAUUGUUGGGUGGUGAUAGUGAUUUAAUAAAUUUUGAUACCACGGCGUUGAUUGCAUUAGUGUCCGGCAUUAGUAAUGGCUGUGCUGCUAAAUUAUUGGCUACCCCAGAGAAUGAAUUGAAACAGAAGUACAAGAGUAACUAUGAUUUUGUGAUUGGUCAGGCAAUGUCAGAAAUUAAGAAGCCUAUUCUUGUGGAGCUGGGUUCUCUAUUGUCUGGAAAAAGAGGCAUAAUAUGCCAGAGUGUUCACUCUGAGUUCAAGGAACUUAUAACAAUGUGUGGAGGGCCGAAUGAGAAGUCCAGAGCAAACCACUUACUAAAACACAUCAUGGUUGUGCUGGACAUGGUGUCUAAACGCAUGACAUGUCUCCCGACCACAAGAAAGUUAGCUUUGAAGAACAAGGUUGUGUUCGGCACUGGUGACUACUGGAAUGCCCCGACCUUAACUGCUAACAUGUCAUUUGUUCGAGCAGUAUCGCAGACUGGGAUGUCCCUUUUUACCUUUGAGCAUAGGCCACGAGCUUUAACUGGCGACUAGUUGAUGCACACUUUUGAUUUAAGAUGCGACAUCUUUGUUCUGUUAGAAAAGGGAAUGGUGGUAGGGAGAAUAGAAUUUUCAAUUUUGUUUUUUCUUUCAGAAUAUAAUGUAGUUAGUUAAAGACAAUUUCUCACUUGUUGUAGAAUGUCAAAUUUUUUGCCAUA